GUGGAAUUCCAAACUCGCAAUCAUCACCACGAUGAUCGGGCGACUUGCAGCUAUCUUCCUCGUGCUACUGCUCUCGUUCCCAGCGCAAGAAGCUCGUGCAAACUCUCCAGCUGUGUAUCGCUGGGAUCCAUCUACACAGCGCCAUGAAAGCGUCUUCUCCUAUUCCAACCGUGUACACGAGGUGUGGGCGAGCCAGGAUCCACGGCAACGCAAGUGGUUUCUCGCCAUCUCGAACGCCGUCGAGUCGAAGAAGACGCACGUCAAAGUCGUUGAACGCAAGCACUCGUACCCUGUCCUGGCAACCAUCAUCAGCUUGGUGGUGCUACUCACGACCAUCUUUUUGAUCAUCAAGUACUCUGACUAAUCGAAAUACAACCACAACGUCGCGCAAAGCGCCAGUUCAUUCUGUCA